CUUCCACUGAGGCUUCCGGUUUGGUCGGCCUGCCGGGACCGGAACAGAAAAUGGUGGGGCCGCCGUGGACGCACGAGCCACCAUCCGGGCUUGCCGUUCUCCAUCCCUGACGAAUUGCCAAAACAUUUUUUUCUUGCUCUGAGAUCAUCAGCCAUCUCUCAAAUUAUCCUAACAGCCACGGAGAGUCAACCAUCACCAACCCUGCGCAACAACCAACGGACCUCGGCGAGCGAAAACAGCCAGCGAAACAGCUGACGAUAAUACACUAGUUUUGUUUUGGGAAUAAUCUGUAAACAAAAAGACUACAAACGCUGCGCUGUGCAUCCUGGUUAAGGACCGCGUCGCGAAUUCAAUUAUCCAACAACACAUUCCUCCCUCAUACUUCCAUCGCCCACAGCCACGAUGGAUCACACACGCGAUCCCUGCCCAUGGGUCAUUCUUAAUGACUUUGGUGGUGCUUUUUGUAUGGGGGCCAUCGGUGGUACAAUCUGGCAUGGUGUGAAGGGUUUCCGAAACUCGCCAUACGGUGAACGGAGAAUCGGCGCUCUGACCGCCAUCAAGAUGCGAGCACCUGUUCUGGGCGGCAACUUUGGUGUUUGGGGUGGUCUUUUCAGCACUUUCGACUGUGCGGUUAAGGGUAUCCGGAAGAAGGAGGACCCUUACAACGCCAUCAUUGCUGGAUUUUUCACUGGUGGCUCAUUAGCCAUUCGAGGAGGUUACAAGGCUGCGAGGAACAACGCUAUCGGUUGUGCCAUCCUACUGGGUGUUAUUGAGGGUGUCGGUAUCGGAUUCCAAAAGAUGAUGGCGGGAAGCACAAAACUCGAGGCUAUGCCCCCUCCCCCAGAAGCCCAGCCGAUUCCGGCAUAAAUUCACUCUACCGAGCCAUCGACGACAAUACCAGCAAACCAACGAUAGACGUUCACCACUCUACUCUCCUUUUCAGAUGAGGCUGCUACCGCGGCAGCCGCUUUGUAUAUUUUUUGGGUCAUUUAUGGAUGGUGGGUGUUGAAUCAAGUGUACUAUAACGAAUAAAAUAACCCAAGAGAUGGGGUCAGACGGCGCAACGAUAUGCGCGACAAUACAUUACAAUAAUACACAACCUGAGCGAUCUACUCAUCUACCUCGCGCAAUUCUAUUUAACUGACAAUAUUUAGAUCGAAUGGCACUUUUACUGCAAGCUUGAAUCGCCCAACUCAUUUGACGCAUGGGCUAAUCUGGUCAGAUCAUACCAGCAUCGUUCAGAAAAACUUUGAAGUGCGCCUCGCCGUUGAUAUCAACCCACGCCCGGAACAUACCGCCACAGUUGUGAUCGUGCACAAUAUCGGUUCUCGAUUCCAUAAUGCGACCCCUAUCAUCGGUCACGAUUGCACACUCAAUACCAAUGAUUCCACCUUCGCCUUCGCCCUUCAGGCCCCAUCUGUCCUGUGCACUGCGCUGAAGCUCUCCUCCGGGACCAGCGACAGCGCUGAGAGCGUGCGAUGAGGAGAUCUGCUUGAAGCGCGCCAUGGCGGCAACUGUCCGGAGCGCCCCAACACGCAUAAAGCUAUCGCCGUUGCCGGUGCCCGACCCAGCAAAGGAGCGUGUUGUGGUGACUGAGCGCUUCUGAUCGUUGGGGAAAGGCAUGCGCAGCAGUGGAGUGGGAAGACAGUCGGCUAUCAGACUUUGGAGGGAAGGGCUCAGCUGAACAGCUGGACCAGGCUGUGAAAGCAUUUUUUGCAAGCCUUGCGAACCAGUGGGGUCACCAUUUUCAACCCAUUCCUCGGCCCAGAACCCAGAGCCGGGCGAGGGAGUGUCUCCGAUGCGCCCAGUCAGUUUAUUGGUGAGGCCACCUGUGCUUGUCGCAACGCAUAUGACACCGUUGGAAUCAAGCGCUACAGCGCCGACUGUGCCUUGCGGCACGUACUCCUUGGCAGACCAGCUCGCCGAGGCCCGGCCGUUGGACUCGCGCUCCCGCUGCAGGCCUCGGAUGUGUUCGUCCCACCGACGCUGAGUGAAGAAGUACUCAGGCUCUACCAUCUCCAGCCCGUAAUGGUCGCGCGCCAGGACCUCGGCCGUCUCGCCAAAUAGAAGAGUGUGGCCCUGGGCAGAUGGCACAUCUGGAGCCGCGCCGCGGCUGUCGUUUACGCUGAGGUCAUCGUCUCCAUGUUCAAGGAUUUUACGAGCCAGCAGGAUUGGGUGGCGCACUCUCCGCAGGCCAGCCACACCCACUGCACGCUUCGCAUGACCGCGGGACACCAUGACGGAGGCCUCCAGCUCGUUGAUACCAUCGCGGGUGAAGACCGCUCCGUGGCCGGCGUUGAACAGCGGGUUGUCCUCAAGCUGCAGGACUGCAUGUACGGCUACGUCGAGCGCGUCUGGCAGGAGUUGCGCCUUGGACUUUUCCGCCGCUAUGCCAGGCGAAGGCGUGGUCAUGUAGGCGUGGGUCUUGGUGACUAUUGUCAACAGAGCUUCCCGAAAGGCGUUGUAGCGUUCCGGUGGGAGGUUCUCGGGGGUGAUAUUACCCGCGCCGCCGUGGAUGAUGAGGCGCGGGGCCACGAGGCCCGUCUGCUGUUUGUAUUCCAUCCUUGCGCCGUCUAUAUGCAGAUUCUCAAGUGAGUGUGCCCGCCGAGUCUAGCGCGAUCAAAUGCUGGGCUCAGCUCGAUACUCUUUACGCCCAGGUUACGACGAUAUAGUCGGCUUGGCAAAGGCGAUCCAUACCUGACUUUCAAGUUCUGGAGCUAGACUAAAGAUAGUCUUGCAUUUGAGUUGCGGGUGCGGAGUGGAGUCCGGCUGCAGUUCGGGCCAUUACAUAACCAAAUUGCACCUAUCUCUUAUCGACCCCGACUUGCCCGUUAAGUAAGGUGGAUUGAUCCCGCUUUCAAGGAACCCAGAUGCCAAUAUACCAUACCACCCUUGCGGUUGCGCAAUCGCUGCCAAGAGAAGGCUUUCAUUAGUCUCUCUGGUUUGACAGGUUAAUAUUGUCUAAAUGCGUGGGGCGACUGUCCACAAUGUUGGUAUACUCCUCAUUCUUGCAUGCUCAAUUCAUUAUCGGGAUCUCCAGGGUAAUUAGACGCUGCAGUUAUAAGAAUACCAAGAUGUCUAGCUUGUUUUUAUUUCCCUGGAAAAAGUCUGAUGUACCCUCAGCUGUUCCAAACUAUACUUUGCGCCGGUUCGAUACUCUCCCCAGGUUCAGUCCAACAUGGGUUCCCAGAUAUGGCCUACGCCUGUUGCAGAGGCAGACCAGGCAAAGCCAGCAUCCGUGAAGCGCGUCCCUUCGAAAGAUGUGUCUGAACAGCGGGCUGAAGAAUCCAACAUACCAACUCCGGACCAAGAACCAGUCGUUGGCGUCUUUGCUACUAUCAGCAAGCUGAUCCCUUACUUUCGCAACCCGCGUAAUGUCUUGGUUUUCAAACUCGACGUCUUCCUGCUGGCGUGGAUGUUUCUGGCAGGAAUCAUGAAGGAGAUGGACCAGUCAGCCACUACCCAAGCAUAUGUCUCCGGCAUGAGAGAGGACCUGAACCUGAGAGGGAACGAACUGGUUGAGUUCAACACUUAUUUCUCUAUUGGGUAUGCGUUGGGCUUGGUUCCGGGACAGCUGAUCCAGACUCGGUUGCGGCCCAGUCUGUUCCUGCCGGUAUGCGAAAUCGUUUGGGGUGCGUUGGUUUUGUUGUAAGUAUUGUCAUCCUUCUAAAUGACACGACUGAUUCGGGCGUCAAAUGAAACACGUUCUAAUCAUCACCACGAGGGGCUGCCAAUGAGCACAGCACUUACAAAGCACCUAACGCCCAAACGAUUUUUGGGCUUCGAUUCUUCCUCGGCCUCUUCUCGUCCGCCUUUUGGCCAUCAGUUGUGGCUCUCAUCUUCAACUGGUAUACCCCUGCCGAGCUCGCGCUGCGCGUUGCAUGCUUCACCGUAUGUGAUGUGGCCGGCGCCAUGUUUCUGGGUGCGCUACAGGCCGCUCUUUACCGAGACAUGAAUGGAGUGCACGGCCUCGCAGGCUGGCAGUGGCUUUUUAUCAUUUCUGGCGCCGUGACCAUGGGACAGGGGCUUAUUGCGUUCUUCACGGUGCCUGACAGCCCGGAGACAACGAGAGCUCUGUGGCUGACGGGGCCGGAGAAGCGACUCGCAAGACACAGGAUGGGUGAGUUUGGCGUCAACACGUCCAAGCGCAUCCCGCCCAAGGUCCUGAAGAAGAAGCUGGGACAACUAAUCGUGCACCCGGUCACUUGGUUCUUCCUUUUCGCCUUUGCACUGAACGCGUGGGCACACCGCGGCACCAGCUACUUUGUCCUGUACCUCGAGAGCAUCAAGGACGCGGCAGGCAACCGCGUGUACGACACGUUCCACGUCAACAUCCUGCCGCUGGGCGGAUACGCGCUCCAGAUCGUCACGAACCUGAUGCUCAACUUCGUGUCGGACAAGUUCGAAUGCCGCUGGCAGGUGAGCGUCUUCUCCGGGGUCGCAAACGGCAUCUGCCUGGCUGUUCUGAGCGCCUGGCCCGCCAACACGUCAGUCAUCCUGGCUUUCUACUUCCUCAGCUUCGGGACCAACGCCGGCGGGCCUAGUUUGAUGGCCUGGAUGGCAGAGAUCCUGAGGAAGGAGCCCGAGGCGAGGUCCAUCAUCGUCGCCAUGACGGUCAUGAUCGUCUACGCGGGCCACGCUACCAUCCCGCUGGGCGCGUUCCGGGUUGCCGACGCCCCUAGGUAUCCGAUCGGCUUCCCACUGGUUACUGCAUUCACGGCUGCGAGUAUUCUGGUGCAGCUGGGGCUCCUGUGGUGGCACCGGCAGAACAAAGAGAUCGCAGAGAC